AUGGCGGGCUGUUUUAUAUCAUCCAUUGUGCGCAAUCAAGAAAUGGCCAUGAUCAUUAUGCAACCAUUACUAAUAUUACACACUAUAUUUGCUGGAUUAUUCAUUAAUUCUGGCCAAUGGCGAACUGUUGAUUACAUACCAUGCUACAAUAAUAGCGAAUCGGUGGGACAUUGUUAUGGCAACGGUUCAAAUAUUAAUAUGAGAGUUGUAUUAGAGAUCAAUGAGUCUCAUAGAGACAAUAGAGAUCUAUCAGGAAAUAUCGCACCUGGUCAAUUAUUGGCUAUUAUGGGACCUAGUGGUGCUGGCAAAACGACCCUGCUCAAUGCGCUCACCGGCAGAAAUAUGAGCAAAAUGUCGGUCACCGGAGAUGUGCUGAUAAACGGACGGCCGGUAAACGGGCGAACUCUGGCCUCCAUCUCGUCGUAUAUCCAACAAAACGAUUUGUUUCAUCCAUUGCUUACCGUUAGAGAGCAUCUCAUGAUUAAUGCUACUUUGAGAUUGUCUGGAGCUUUGUCUCAUGCUGAGAAAAAUGAAUUGGUUCAAAAUGGUUUAGAUGUUGGGAGCUCUGAGUUAAACUUGGUCAAUUGUUCGGAGAGCAGAAUUGGCGGUGAUUUAACAUUUAAAGGCAUUUCUGGCGGAGAAAUGAAACGCUUGUCAAUCGCAUCAGAGGUUUUAACAAAUCCUUCGUUAAUCGAUGAGCCGACGAGUGGUUUGGACUCAUUUAUGGCCGAAAGUAUUGUCCGGCUAUUGAAGGCUAUGGCCUGUGAGGGCCGGACUAUA